AUGAAGGAUAACCACCUUUACAUACCAGAAAGCUGCACUAACCACAAGGCCAUCAAGCCCAGAAACACCACUGAAUUUGAAUACCCAACUAAGCCCGGAACCUCUGAUAAUGGAACUGGCAAAGACCCAGAUGGUGAAACCUCCGAGCUUGGCCCCGGCGCCUCCAUUUCGUCGGGAUUGGGCGGGCUGGGGCUGGAAGGGAUUGUUGGGAGAGAGGACUGGGAUGGAACUGGAGCAGCCCCACCAGGGGUUGGAAACAGAGGAGUAAUGUCUGGAGAAAGGGCUGGAGGAGAGGCCAUGGGGGGACCUGGAAGAACUGCUGGAGAAGCUGAAAUGGUGGAGAUUGGUAAACUUGACUUAGAUUCUGGCAAGGCCAGUGAAGCUGAGAAUGAGCUUCCUAUGACAACUAUUACUGAUAGCAUUGCCAAUUGUGGCCAUAUGGGGGCAGCCAUUAAUGAUGAUGAAAUGAAUGAAUGCUCUUUACUAGGAUUUGGAGAGAUGGAGAUGGCAAUGAAUAAGGAAAAUGAGAGUGGUGAUAAUUGAAUUCAAGGCUGAAGCUUAAAGU